AUGGCCAUCACCAAGAGCGACGUGAAGGUCCUGGGAAUGUGGCCGAGCCCAUUUGUGAUGAGGGCUCGCAUCUCCCUUAACCUCAAAUCUGUCGAGUAUGAGUUUCUUCAAGAGACAUUUGGAUCGAAAAGCCAGCUUCUCCUCCAAUCCAAUCCAGUCCAUAAGAAAGUCCCGGUUCUUAUUCAUGGUGACAAACCCAUAUGUGAAUCUCUUGUCAUUGUUGAGUACAUUGAUGAGGUUUGGGCCUCCGGCCCAUCUAUUCUCCCUUCCAACCCUUAUGAUCGAGCCACGGCACGAUUUUGGGCCGCUUAUGUCAGUGAGAAGUGGUACCCAUCAUUGAAAGGCAUAGGUGCAGCACAAGAAGAGGAGGCAAAGAAGGCAGCAGUGGAGCAAGUGGAAGAAGGGCUGGCCUUGCUGGAGGAAGCAUAUGAAAAGUCCAGCAAAGGAAAGGACUUUUUUGGUGGAGAUGAGAUUGGGUACCUUGACAUUGCGUUUGGCUGCUUCUUGGGGUGGCUCAGAGUCAUAGAGAAACUGAAUGGGGUCAAGCUGCUGGACCAGACAAAGACACCAGGGCUGGUCAAUUGGGCUGACAAAUUUUGUGCACAUACUGCUGUGAAAGAUGUCAUGCCUGAGACUGAUAAGCUUGCUGAGAUUGCUAAGAUUCUUGCGGCCAAAUUGAGAGGGGCAGCUGCCCCUCCCAACACUGUGUUGAGUUAUGGGAGACAUAGGUCGGUGAUAUUGGAGGCACCGUCACAUGACAAGGACUGCGUGCUUGCUAACAUUUUGGCUGCCCAUUUUCUCUGCUCCUCUGAUCCUUCUCGAGCUCCCUGUCAUCUCCAAGCCGCCAAGUCUCGGCUGGAACAAGCUACUCAAUACGAGAAAGCAGUUUUUGACGCUGUCAAUUGUUUGAUUUCUGCGAAUAGAGAUGAUGAUGUUGCUGUUGAGUUGCAUUCUAAGCUCUUGAAAAGUUUCCCUAAAGAUUUGGUCUCUCUGAAAAGGGCCCAAGUGCUCUGCUUCUACAUGGCUCGACCUGAUCUGUCAUUGGAUCUUGUUCAACAGGUUCUACCCUAUAAUGAACAAGAAAAUUACAUAUAUGGCAUGCUUUCGUUUCCUUUAUUGGAACUUGGCCAAAUGACAGAAGCUGAGAAAGCUGCAAAAAAGGGAUAUGAGAUCAACAAGCAGGACUGCUGGGUGCACCAUAACUUGUGCCAUGUUCUUCAGUAUGAUUGCCGUUUUAAAGAAGCAGUAGAGUUUAUGAAAGAGUGCUCAUCCUCAUGGGAUUCUUGUUCGUCAUUUAUGGUCACACACAAUUGGUGGCAUGUAUCUCUUUGUUAUUUAGAAGGCCAUUCUCCAAUCCAAACAAUCCUAAAUUUAUAUGACCAUUGUAUCUGGAAGGAGUUGGAGAAACCUGAUGCUGCAUCUCCAGAGGUGUACUUGAAUGCCCUUGGGUUGUUGUUACGCGUGCAUGUCCGGGGUGAAAUAGAUUCCUUUGAGGACCGUUUGAAGACCCUAGCAAAUUGCGUGACAGAUCAAGCCAACUGGUAUUUAGAGUGGCAUCUUGAUGUGUUAAUUUUAUGGGCCUUGGCUAAUACUGGUGAGAUUUCAAAGGCAGAAGAUUUGCUCAAGGGCUUGAAGUCCAGGAUUGCUGAGAUGAAGAAGAAGAAGCAACAGCUAAUGCAGAGACCAAUACAGCUUGCAGAAGCCUUGUACGAGUAUGGGAGGGGUAAUGAAAAACAAGCAUUGGAAUUGCUCGGUCCUGACUUUGAUGCUGAUGAGUGCAAGAUGAUUGGAGCCUCAGGUGAACAGCUUGAUAUAUUCAAUGAAGUCUGGUACUGUAUGUUGCUUAAAAAUGGACAAGCCACAAAAGCAAUCGAAGUGAUUGAGAAGCGGAUCAAAACAAGAGAAGGGAUCCCUUUCCUUUGGCGCCUGCUGGAGAGGGGCUAUAAACUGACAGGCAGGGAGGAGGCUGCAAUUGCAAGUGAGAAAGCCAAGCUUUUGGAGACUGCAUAUUUCCCAUAA